AUGGCUGGUGCCAACAAGGAGCGAUCUGCACGUGUGAUGCGGACCAAUAUAAGCUUCUGGGAGGAUGGCCCCACAACAGAGCGUGCCUCCAGAAGUCCAGAGGUCACCGCCAAAGAUGCAGAGUGUGACCUCCUUUUCCUUUGCCCUGCAGAGCGAGUUGCCGUCUGGGAUGCAGUGGCCGUCUGUGUGCAACAACACCUCCGGCUGCACAAGGGGGUCCGAAUUCCCACCUUUGGUUCCUUCGACAUCGUCUCCAAACGGAUCAAGACUGAGGACGGGACCCUGACUGUGCAGUGGCCUGCUUUUCGCCCGGCCAGGAACCUUGUCGACAUCCACAAUCUGGCGGGUGAUGAGGAAUUCCUGCCAGGCCAUAAGGAGGUGGAGCCCCUCAAGUACUCUGAGGUGGCCGCAGCUGCAUCUGUGUCCCGGCAGACAGGGAAGGCCUGCAUAUGUGGCACCACAUCUCUCAUCAGCCGCUGCCUGAGGAAGGGGGAGAAUGUUGCCUUUGUCCUGAAGGACAUAGGAGUCCUUUUCUUAGAAGGAACACAAGUUCAAAUGAAAUUCUACUAUGACUUCCUCGAGAGGAUCUGUGGGAAAGUGACCCUAGAAACAGCAGUUUUCAAGGUCCCCUGGCUGCUGGACAUGGUGGUGUCCCGGGUGGCAGCGGUGGCCUCCCUGACGCUCUCUGGCCGGGUCAUCGUCUUUCCUGAGUGAGUAUGCUCGAUGCAGCUGCUCAGCUCUCGUUCAGUAGCGUUUACUCCUUGUGACCACGGGCAUCCUGCCAUGAGGAUGCAGGGCAGCCAUUGCUGUUUACAUCCCAUCAUGUGGGAUGGUCCGAAAGUUUGGCAGAAAAUGAAGCCACUUGCGUUCCAGCUUGCCCUCAGAUGUCAGAGGCACUGGGGAGGCUGAGCUUAGAUUUUGAGGGAUGCCUCAUUUGGCACUGUAAGUCUGGUCGUUUGGACUGCCGGUAAUAAAUGCGUGGUCUGCAAAGCAUGUGAGGUUAACCAAGAACGUGAGUAAUACAGCUGCCUGCCAUCACUUUAAAUGAUGGCAUAACUCCAUAGAGACUUCUCAUUUUCCUGGGGAAGCACUCAGCCUAAAAGUGUGCAAAUCUAACUCGACAGGUUAAGCAGGGUGGAGAGAGGCACAGCUUCUUGACUGCUUCUGCCUUGUCUGCAGUGGUAUCUUCCCCACUUGUCGGUGAUAUCCUUCUGCUGCCCAAAACUGUUUCUCCCCUAGGCCAUUUGAAACUAUUUCUUACUUCCAGCUUGAGUGACUCUAGUCAAACACACCUUUGUCUUGCAAAGAUUACUUGAAAGCAUGUUUUUGACAGAAAGGUGGAAAACCACUGGCUCAGAAAAUAAGAUCGUUUAUCAGUUCCAAUAGCAUAAUCAAGUCCUCAUCUCUGCAGGACAAUCACUGAAUUUGGCCACGGGACCUCCACCCAGCUCCAGAAUCAGCACUGCGUUUUCUCUUAAAGUCAGCAUAUCAGGCUCCCCUGGUGUUUGCUAACAGCUAGGGUCACAGGUCACAUUGCUUAGGGAACUAUCAUGGAACGGAUUAUCCAGGGCAUUGCCCCCUGGAGGUUUUACCUUCUCUCCAGAUGUGGACAUUUUGAGAAUUCACUUUCGGUACCUAUUUGACACGUCCCUGGACUGUAGACAUUUCUGUGAGGUAGAUCUGAUGGGAGAGAUGAAGGAAUUUAGGUGACAUUUUCUUCCCAUCGUGGCCUGGAUUUCUUUGCUGGGUGACCCUAUUUCCCAGGACAGUCCCUGGAAUCAGGGCACAGUCAUCUUUGGAGAAUAAUGGACCUUUAUGCAAUGUGAAAGUCUGCCUGUGAGCAGGCAAUCUCAGCAGCAAGGGCUGCUGGAGCCCUGGGUCACACCUGUGUCUUCUCCUUUUGUACAGGUUUCAGAAGGAGUUUGUCCCCAAACCACCUCCCAGGAAACUACACAAGGCCUCAGGAGAAGUCCCUGGUGAGGGCAAGCAAGGGAAAGCAGAAGGUUUGCCACCUCUUGGCCAGGGCAAGAAAGGUAAAGCAGCAGCCAGCUCCUUUCCAUGCCACACACAACCAACCUGCGAUGGGAAAAUUUCCAGCCCAUGAUCAUCCAAAGGCUCCGACUUGUGAAAAGAUUCACGCCAGCUCGCCACAGCCUCUCCUAACGACAUGUUAGCCUCAAGAAAUCUAAGACUCAGGGCACGAUGUUCCCACGUGCCCCCAUACCUGGGUAUGGCAGGAGGAUGGGGGACACUCGGCCCUGUCCUCCCCCCAUGGAAAUGAGCCCCCAAGAGACUUGGUCACCUCACAAGCACCACCCAGCUCCUCUUUCCCAAAGUGAAUGCCAGGAAGGCAGGCCCAAAUCAGAGCUGCACCCCUGAGAGAAGGAGCUGGGCACGAGGGACAGAGGUCUCUGGAGAGAGCGUCUGCGAGGGGAGUGGAGUGGCCCUCUUGGGUGCUUUGGGAGAGGCCCGAGCACCCCUGCGUGUCACAGGGACAGCAGUCUCACAGUGAAUCUCCUCUGAUGAGGUCUCUCCUUCCCAGUUCCAGGGAAAACUCCUGAACUGCCACCCUUCCCAAGCCACUUGAACAUUACUAGUAGAGAAGAUACACACUUUGGGAAGAGAACAAGGGCUCACCAGAAGAAGAGCUCUGUGUCCAGGUGAAACUGGGUGCUCGGGGUUGGGAUCCACAUGGGGCGUUUCACUGACCCAGCAAGAGCCCAUUCUCCAGCCUCAGACAGUCACCAUCUGGGGCUGCCCAGCAGCACCGAAUGCAGCAUAUGGAGGAGUGGGAUGGGGCUGCUGGGAGCCCCCCAUUUCACAGGGCUGGCCCCUCUCCAGCCCUCAGGAGAGCCCCAGCACAGCCUGAGAGCUCUGCGUGGGGAAGGCUGUGCAGCAGCCAAGGCUGCAGGAUGUGCCCCCAAAGCCAUCACCCACUGAGAGAGACCCCUCCUUCUCUGUUCUUUCAGUCAGGUUCCGGUGGUCCCAGGGGUGUCUCCUGCCAAAAGGACAGCUGUGCUCCUCUCUCUUUUUGUGAAGAGAGAGGACCAGUGAUGCCAGUGCUGUCCAGCCAGUUUCAGGGGAAACACACAUCCCUAGGAAAAGCACCAGAGACAAGUCAAAGCAAGGCUGUGGGACCUCAGAGCUUCGAAGGAGAAGGACAAGGAGUGGAGAAAAUCCUCCGUGAUGAAAGAGUGCUGGAAACAACCAAAGAAAAGCUAGUUGGCCCUCAUGGAGCCUAGACUGCAAUGAUAAUACCCCAAAUAGUGAUUCUAUCACCAUUAGACUGCAUGAGAAGCCCACCUCCCUUUUGAUGUCACCACAACUCGUCCACAAGAGCCAAAGAUCCCGAGAGAGGCUGCAAAACAGGUGUGUGAUUCCCAUCCGCGUCAUUGCAGGGUGCCAUCUCCUUGUAGAAAAGCAGAGGUGGAGGAACAGUGGGGACUCUCCCAAGACCCCCUGGCUCUGAGAGAUGGGAUGGCUACAUUCCUGGAGCCUUGGGCUGUUGCAUCACCAGAGGCAAGUUCCCCCUUCUCCAAUGUCAUGCUCUCCUCUGUUGACACAGCCAACACACCAGGGCCCAUGAUUUGGCAGCUUUUGGAAGGCCUAGCUCAGCAUAAAGCUGCUCUGGGCCAGAGAAGAGACUGUUUCUUUCCAGCUCAUUGCUCCUCUAGGUCCCUGGUGGGAAGAGAAGGCUUUGGGGGUGGGGGUGGCAUAGCUUAGGAGCAAAACACUGCAGCUGGACACCUUCUAGGGAAGAGGUAGAGAGAGGGAGAGAAAUGGCUGCCCUGCCCUCAGUGUCCUGACCUGAACCCUCCCACAGGGUCUGUGUGUGGGCAAAGAGCUCCCCAAGCCUGCACUAUUGUUUGAGAAGAGUUUAUCUUCUUUUACAGAAAACUGUCCGUCUUGUGACCACCUGGAAAGAGACAAAGAAAAAUAUAACAGAGGUCUUGCAAAAGAUGGUGGAGUUUUCAUUUCUUCCCAGUGCUCUUUCAUGGGAAUGAGGAGGAAGGCUUUCACAGAUGGGCUGCGGCUCUGAAGCCGGCCCAACACACGGAUGGAAGUGGGGCUGUCCCAGUGCUGUCCGCAGUGUGGAGGGACAGACAGCUUUAAACCCUGUGAUCCUAGGGACAUGACAGCACAUGGCUGUGAUGUGAGCUAUCACGAAGGACUCAUGUAUGUUUAUCCAUUUAACGUGAGUUGGACACUUCUCAUCUGCCUGUGUUCUUCUGCCUUUGGGGCCUCCUACAGAGCUUUGUGACAGCACUGAUGAACGUUCUCCUCCCUGUGAAGUGCUCCAGGUUUCCUUUCCAGAGCCCAGUGCUGGGUUUGUGCUCCUUUGGCAGGACAUACCCAUCAGCCUGAGGGACAGGGAUGGUCCCUGAGCUACACAGACACAGCAUGAGGGUUCCCCUCUGGACCAGGACAGGGAGCAUAGAGUGGCUGAGUGGCUGCUGGGAGGAUUCCUCCUCAGGAGGCCCCGGGAGCUGAGGAGAGGUGGCCCUUCGUGCUCUGCAGGAUUGGCACAGCCCCGACAGAGCCCCGGUGGACUGCACGCCGCUGGGAGCAGCCUCAGACACCCACCAGACACCUGCCCAUGGUGGUUCCCUCUGUGGGGUGGGCGUGUUGUCCCCAGAGUGGGUUCUAUGCCUGGUGUGCACGAGGCUGAUGGCACACCCCAAGACCUAUACGGUGCAGCCCUUAAGCAAAAAGCCUAACUGCAAGGCCAAAAGGGUGCAACCCUUUAGCAAGCCUUACCCCAAGGCCAAGAGUUCCUGUUUAGCCAAUGUAUCAAAACGCAGAAAAUUGUUCGCCAUAACCAGAGCUUGCCAUAAUUUGUCAUGUCAAAUGCUGUUAUGGUUUGAGACAGCAGAGAGAAGUUGACUUUCACCUUGAAGAUGCAUGUUUAACUCUUUUCAAUGAGUAGUCAGCUCAACCAAAAGUGCUAAAUCCGCAAGUCAUCACCAAACGAAUUAAAACAUCCUCUGUUGUUUGUGAAGUUUCCCUUUCUCUGGUGUUUCCACAAAAAAUCCAUCUUUCUCCAGCCCCUUGUGUAAGUUGUGGAAUCGGACAGCAUUAAGUUCUGUUAUUCCCAUCAGAUAGCAUUGGAUGUGAGAAUCACCCUCUUUUGACCCAUUAGUGGGCAGGAGCAGAAAUGGAUCUCCUCUCACAAACUUGAUUUCCUUCUAUACAAACCUGAUUUCAUUCUAUGACAAGGUAACCAGCUUAGUGGAUGAAGGUAAGGCUGACACUGUCCUGCACAACAUCCUCGUGGAGAAGCUGGCUGCUCAUGGUUUGGUUGGGCAUGUGGUCUGCUGUGUGAAACACUGGCUGGAUGGCCGGGCCCAAAGAGUUGUGGUCAAUGGAGUUAAAUCCAGUUGGCGGCCAGUCAU